AUGGCGCUCGUGAAGCCCAGCAACUACUUACUGGUGGCAAACAAAACAAAGAGUACAACUAAGUACUUUAUUAAUGACACUUUUUCUUGUAAAGUUUAUGGAUUUGCUGAAGAGCUUUUGAGAAAUCAGUUAGUUGGAAGUAUAGAGGAAGCGAUUGACACACUGUUUGAUAAAGUUGCAGUUUUGAAUGAAGUAGAAAACAACAAAAUCAAGGAUGCACAGGUGGAAGAGUAUGCUAUUAAUCUGUGGAACUGGGCAGUAACUAAAAGACUGGAAUCUUCAAUUAAUGAUGAACAGAGAACAAAACUGCGUCAUGUGGCCUGCAAGCUUGCCUAUUUGAGUGAUUGUGCUGAUCCCACUGCAGUAUCACUGCAAAGACAAAUACUGAGUUCGGAAAAGUUAUAUGCGAAACUAAUAGCUGGAUCUGAUGGCAUUUCAGAUGUAAAUAUUCUUAAGAAUGAUGUGGAAAAGGACCUUUUCAAAGUGCAUUCCUAUCAGGCAGAAUCAGCUAUGAUUCAGUGUGAACAUAAGAAUGCAGUAACUUAUAUCCAGCGCUGUAAAGAUAUGCUGCUCAGAAUGCCUAAAGAGACAGGUUAUUUGUCCCUGCUGUGUUAUAAUUUUGGAGUAGAAACUUAUCAGCAGAAAAAGUAUGAAGAAAGUGCUUUCUGGUUGAGUCAGAGCUAUGACAUCGGGAAAAUGGAUGAAAGAUAUUCACCAGGUUCUCCUGUGCAGGCGAAGGUUUUGCGUUUGUUGGCUAAUGUUUAUCUGGAGUGGGAUAUCAAGCAACACCAGGAGAGAGCUCUUGAUGCGGUCAUUUUGGCAAAUGAAGAAAAUCCCCAUCCAGCUGGAUUGUUCUUAAAGAUAAAAAUCCUUUUAAGUUGUACCUUUCCUGAUGAAACUGUCUUUACAGCUGUCAGAGAUCUCCUUGGAAAAGUAUCACUUACUGUUUGUCUUGAAGCUGCGAAGCUACUAAUGGAACAUGACCGAGAUGUGCUGUCCUUUGAAUUUUUGACAAUUCUGUCCAAGCAGUUUGAAACCCAUCAUGACAUUGGGGAGAUUUUACUGGUGCAUUUUAUGCAACUUUUGCAGAAAGGCAAAGAGGUCCUUGCCAAGCAAAAAAUAGAAGACAUUAUAGCAGGUCAUUACACAGGCAAAAGGCUUUCUUCAGAAAUUCUGACUCAGUUUCACAUUGUUCUUUGGGAAAGAGCUGCCAAGUAUUUUGAGGUGCAGAACUAUACUGAGGCACUUCAAUGGUACAGUUAUUCAUUAAGUUUUUUCUCUGCUGGGCAAAUGGAUCUGAAUCUAGCUAGACUACAAAGAAACAGGGCAUCAUGCUAUCUGCAUCUGAAUCAGAAGGAAAAGGCAAAAGAGGCCAUAAAAGAAGCAGAACAAAUUGAUCCUGAUAAUAUCUUCACACAGUUCAGUGUCUACAAAAUUGCUAUUUUGGAAGAUGAUGUACAAAAAGCUGUGCAAGCGAUUAAAAUCAUUGGGAAACUUGCAGAAAAACCAGAAGGAUGCGAGGAUAAGAUGUUAACUGACAGAAUCCCAGUGACUGAUAUUUUGAGUCUUGCUGCACAAGUUGCUCUAGAGAAUGAGCAGGAUGAUGCUGCCAGAAAAGCUUUUGAGUAUCUGUGUGAAUAUUCCCAAGACAGUACUCAGUUAUUCACAGCUCUCAGAUGGUGGGAGAUUUUGAUGUGCCUUUGGUGUGUAUUUAAGAACUUUAUCGUUGAGUUUCCGCUCAUGGGUGAUGUUGAACACACUGUCACCUUUAUUGAAUGUGAUACUGGCCAGGCCUUACUGCAUGUUGCUCAUAAGAAACUGAUAAGUCAUUUAGCGGAAGGGAAGCUGAGUGUUGAGCUGAAAAGUAGUGAAGCCAAUUGGUUUCGAAAAAUAGCAUGGAAUUCGGCUCUACAGUGUGAAGACUGCCCAGCUAAAAUGAGAGAAUUCUUCACUCUUUCUUUCCAGUUUUCACAGAUGCUAUCAAUUGAUAAGACCAUUUUGGUUGCACAAAAGACUUGUUUACUAAUGGCGGCAGCGGCUAGUUUGGAGAUUGGUCGAAAAGCAACAAUUACUUCGGAGCAGAUUGGAAGUCUGACUCAAGCAAGGGAAGAUAUUAAAGUUUGUUGGGAGAUUUGGGCAACAUUAAAAUCCACAACUGCAGGAGACUUCUCAAAAGAUCCUACAGAGACUCUACUACUACUUUAUGAAUUUGAAGCCAGGGCUAAAUUAAAUGAUCCUGAAUUAGAACAUGUACUAGAGAGAGUCUUACAUCUACAGCAAUUAGAACCUAAAACACUGGAAACUCUGGCAGCUUUAUCCAUGGAAUCUCCUGCUCAUUACCCAUCAUUCUGUAAAAAGGCAUUGAAGAUUGCUUUAUCUCUUCAAAAGAAGCAACCUUGUAUGGAUGUAAUACGAUGCAGCAAGAUUCUACACAGUCUGAUCCAGAUCUCACUCCCAACAAGAGUGACUGAAAUUGAACCUUGGAUUCUGGAGGAAGUCUGGUCUUUCUAUGAGGAAGCAUUAAUAAUUAUUGAGAGUUCGCAGGAGGAAUACCCAGAGAUUGAGAUCCUGUGGCUGAUGACUCGAGCUUGGAACACUGGAGCUUGCUUACAUAGUUUUGCAAAAUAUUCUGAAGCAGAACAAUGGUGUGGCCUUGGAAUGCGUUUUCUGAAAUAUCUGGGUUCUCUCAGGACCAGCUAUGAAAGUCAGAUGAUGGGGCUCUACAGUGAAAUUUUGGAUAGAAUGGAUAGAGAAAAGAAGAUCCUCCCUGUUGAAGAGUAA